AUGAGUCUGGAAGCGCAAUCCCGGGAUACCCAAGAAAGGACCUUUUGCAAAUGGUUGAAUACCAAGCUGGAAGCGAAUGGUUACCCACCUAUGACAUCUCUCGUGAAAGACUUAUCGGAUGGUGUUCGUCUCAUCCAACUUAUGGAAAUUAUGGGAGACACGUCUCUUGGUCGCUACAAUAAAGCACCUCGAAUCAAAGUGCAGAUGGCUGAGAAUGUGAACAAAGCACUGGAGUUUAUUACGUCCAGAGGAGUCAAGUUGACGAAUAUUGGACCAGAAGACAUCAUAGAAGGAAAUCUCAAACUCAUCCUCGGCAUGAUAUGGACGCUCAUCCUCCGAUUCACUAUUGCCGACAUCAGCGAAGAAGGUCUCUCAGCAAAGGAGGGCCUCCUCUUAUGGUGCCAACGCAAGACUGAGCCCUACAAAGAAGUCGAGGUACUCGACUUUUCAUGGAGCUGGUCGGAUGGUCUUGCUUUAUGUGCGCUUAUCCACUGCCAUCGCCCCGACCUUCUGGACUAUGAUAAAUUAGACAAGAGCGACAGACAUGGCAAUACGAGACUAGCUUUCAAAAUUGCUGCUGACCACCUGAACAUUCCACAGCUACUGGAAGUCGAAGAUUUGUGCGACUCGAAGCGACCAGAUGAAAAGAGUGUGAUGACCUACAUUGCCAGUUUCUUCCACGCUUUCUCUUCCAUGGACCAAGCGGAGACCGUUUCCCGACGUGUUGAAAAGUUCGCAGAACUUAUGCAGUCGGUUUGGCUCAGUCGAAAUGACUACGAACGCCGAGUCCAACUCCUCCUCACCGCCCUCUCGGAGGUGCAAUCGCAGUGGUCGAGCCAGGUGCUCACAGGGACAUACACUGAUGCCAAGCAGCAGUCCGCGGAUUUCACAACGUACAAGCACACGACAAAGCGGACGUGGGUCACAGAACGGCAGGACGUUACGACGUUGUUUGGGAAUGUACAGACGAAAUUGAGGACGUAUAGCUUGACGGAAUACAUUCCGCCUGAGGGCCUGGCGCUCGCGGAUCUCGAUCAAGCCUGGCAAGAACUGCUGGAGAGCGAGGCAAGGAGGUCAAGGGCUAUCAAUGCGGAAAUACGAAAGAUUAAGGAGGGUUUGAGGAUGGCGUUUGCUGACCUUGCUAAUGAUUUCGAACAACGGCUGCAUGCUAUAUCGUCCGAGUUGACGAAUAUUGAAGGUCCAUUGGAGAAUCAACAACAGCAAGCCAAGGAAAUUCAAACACGAAUACCUACACUCUCCGAGACACUGGAAGUCGUGAAACUGGCGGAGGCAGAUUGUUUCGCUGCAAACGUGGAGGAGAACGACCACACGGUGUUCACGUGUCAAGAUCUGGAGUUUGAGUUAGAGUUGGUGAUUCACAGCGUGGCGAAAAAGAUUGCCUUCAUUGAUAAUCAGAUCGUUUCAAGAAACCACACCAACCUGACUCCAGCCCAACUUGAACAGUUCGAGAGCACAUUCCGGUACUUUGACAAGGGAGAAACGAAUACCCUCAGCUUGGCGGAGACGGUAGCCGCCCUAGCAAGUUUGGGUAUCGUGUACUGCGAUGAGGAUAUGGAUUACAUCUACGACCAACUCAUCCAGGACUAUGGGGAUAUAACGUUCGAGGCGUUUAUCAAUCUUUUGGUUGACAUCACCGAAGACCAAACCUCAUCGGAUCAACUACGGGAGUCAUUCCGUGGAAUCGCGAAUGACAAGCCGUUUGUGACGGAGCUAGACCUACGGAUUGCACAUAUCCCGGCUGCUUCGAUUGAUUACCUACGCAAUGCAAUGCCAAAUUCCCUGAACGAGGCUGGGGAAAAGGAGUACGACUACGAGCGGUGGUUAGAUGAGGUCUUCACGUCGUAG